AUGGCAGCGGCCGAGCCGUCGCGGUGGGUGCUGGAAGUUGUAGUGUUUUUGUUAUUUCAGCUUCGGUUCGCAGCUGGUCGGAGGUUGCUGCUGGCGAAGAUGCAGUUUCUGGCCACUGCAGAGAAAUGCCUCUUCUUGAAGCAAAUCCGCAAGAGCUACUGUUCAGCCAAUGCCUCUAACUUUUCAUUUGUUCCUUCUUGCCUUCCUUUGGACACCAUUGAGUUUGAGGAUCUCCAGGAAUUUCUCUUGCGGUCCAAGAAACUGUUUGUGCUAACUGGAGCAGGAGUGUCAACGGAGUCAGGUAUUCCCGAUUAUCGCUCUGAAAAUGUGGGACUUUAUGCUCGGACGGCAAAACGCCCCAUUCAACACUCUGAAUUUGUCCGCAGUGCCGAGGGCAGGCAGAGAUACUGGGCACAAACUUACGUUGGCUGGCCACAAUUUAGCUCUCGCCAGGUAAAUGAAGCACACAAAGCUCUAAGUAAAUGGGAGACAAUGGGAAAACUGCAUUGGCUGGUGACCCAGAAUGUGGAUUCAUUGCAUACGAAGGCAGGAAGCCGGAACCUGACUGAACUUCAUGGCUGUUCGCACAGAGUGAUUUGUCUUGGCUGUGGGGAGAUAACCGCUAGGAGUCGCCUUCAAGAAGAAUUUACAGCUCUGAAUCCAGCUUGGAUUGAAGAAGCACAUCAAAUAGCUCCAGAUGGAAAUGUUUUGUUUGCCGAUGAGCAAGUCAAACACUUCAGCGUUCCCCCAUGCAAGAAUUGUGGUGGAGUCCUGAAACCUGAUGUCACCUUUUUUGGAGACACAGUGAGCAAAGAGAAAGUGAAUUUUGUCUAUGAACGUGUGGCGGAGUCUGAUGCGGUUCUAGUCGCUGGCUCUUCACUACAGGUGUACUCAGGAUAUAGAUUCAUCAUUGCAGCCUAUGAGAAGAAGUUGCCAGUUGCAAUACUAAAUAUUGGGGAGACCAGAGCGGAUAAACUGGCCACCCUGAAAAUCAGUGCUCGAUGUGGGGAGGUUCUGCCAAGCAUUCUUCCCUUUUAACAUUGUAAACGAGGAAGCUCCCAGUGUUGGUGAAAUGUGAUUCUGUGGAUAAAUAGAUUAUCCUAAUAGAUUAACAAUAAUGUAACAGCUUUUACCUCUUAUUUCUCAUUCACUGGUAUAUUUUUAUAUAUGCAGGCUGCAUAGAAUGUCUGUAGAGAUCCAAAAAAAAACUUAAUUGAGAAAUUAUAUCUUCAAUGCUUUUCCCGAGAAAGGGAAUGCAACCACGACCCAGUUGUUGUAUUUUACUCAAAGGAAUAUUUACAAAAAUGCGUGCCUCAUCAACUCUAUUAUUUCAAGAAGUCACCUCUGACUCACAUCAUGUAUGAUCACCUGCACUCAAAAAACAAGAUGUACUUAAACAAUCUUAAACACUUUUUCAAAGAGGAAAAAAUGUAAAUUCCUUAGUGGUCCUAAAGGGCAAAACAGAAACAACGCUUUAUUCACUUGUUGCAUUUCACCAAUCAUCGGCCUACAAUAUCUCCUGAUAAUAAUGUUCCUAUCCUGAAAAGUAUUUGAUCAAACUCUGCUUAUCAUUUUCAAUAAUAUCGGCCAAUAUGUAAUGAUAGAAUUGUCUAAAUCAUCCAGAAAUAACCCCUAAUGUGCGCAGAAAGAGCAAAUAAUUUUCAUGUCUUUGGUAACCUGGAGAAAUGAACAUACUUACCUACAGCAAAGCUUGGGAUACUUCAGAACAAUGUUCAUAUCAAAAUCUUUCAACUACUCCCAAAUGUAAAAUAUGUCACCACAAACAUAGAGGAAGGCUAUCAACUCUAUGUCAUACCCAUUAUCUAACUAUUUUAUUCAUACCACAUUGUUAUGGAAUUAUUAUUUUUGGUUUAAAUAAUUCUCUUGCAAAAAUCAAUGUUCUUUUGCUAUGAUUUCCUGAUUUCCAGUUGGUAUGUAAACACACAGAGAAGACACAAAUAAAUGAUACAGUUGCCUUUGAGCAUGUUCUACAUCCAACAUAAUUUAAUCAAUGAUUCAGUGAAGAUUGAUUUUGAAAGGAUCAAUGGCCAAGUUGUGUAGUUGAGAGUUCAGCUACACACAUAGUAUGUGGUACCUGAUUUGUCAAGAGGAACAAAGGCAAAUUCUAGCCCUACAAUUUAUUUCAAGCCUGCAGUCAGCUAACUGUAUUUGGUCCAGUAAUCCUCAUAUUAUAAAGGAGUUAUUAACUUUUAACGAAGAUCAGCAAAUUGCAAAAAGAGCACUGGAUUGCUAAACAAUGAGAUAAAAACAGUUGAGAGUAAUGAUUGGGCUCAAAAAAUCAUUAGCAGAAUCAGUUUGGGUAGAGUUAAAACAGGCAGAGAACAUUGGAGCAACACACAUCAAAGUUGCUGGUGAACUCAG